AUGAGCAUCGUCCUUAGAUGCUUGUGCGUGCAGCUAGCCAUAGCCUCGUUCUUGCUCACACAAACCAGCUCCACUGAAACCCAUGCCAACAACACGGGCAGUUGUGUUGCGAGUGAGAGAUCCGCCCUUGUCCGCUUCAAAGCGGGCUUGUCGGACGCUGCAAACCGCCUUUCGACGUGGCGGGGCGACGACUGCUGCCGGUGGAAGGGUGUCCGUUGCAGCAAGAGCACCGGCCAUGUCAUCAAGCUCGAUCUUCAAGGUUCUUACGACAGCUAUCUAGGAGGCAACAUGAGCUCCUCGUUGGCUGGUCUAGAACGCCUGAGGUACCUCGACCUCAGCGGCAACUCGUUUAGCGGCUUUCAGCUAGCAGAGACUUUGCCGUCUCUCCACCACUUGAGGUAUCUAAACCUGUCCAGCUCGGGCUUUGUUGGAAGGAUACCACCACAGCUGGGUAAUCUCUCCAACUUACGUUACUUGAGUCUUGGUGGUAACGCCGACACAUACUCCACGGAUAUCACCUGGCUAUCGCGAUUAUCUUCCCUUGAACACCUGGACAUGAGCUCUGUGAACCUUAGCGCCAUUCCGAACUGGUUGCCAGUCGUGAAUAUGCUUCCUUCCCUCAAAGUUCUUCUUCUUACUAGCUGCCAGCUUAACAACAGUCCUGAUUCUCUUGUGCAUUCAAACCUGACAUCUCUUGAAACUCUCGACAUUUCCUUCAACCUUGCCCCGAAGCGUCUAGCACCCAACUGGUUUUGGGGCUUGACUAGCCUUAAGUUGCUUGAUAUCUCAUGGAGUCAAUUUAGUGGUCCAAUUCCUGACGAGAUUGGGAAUAUGACCUCCAUGGUAGAGCUCUAUCUGUCACAUAAUAAUCUUGUGGGCAUGAUACCAUCAAACCUGAAAAAACUUUGUAACCUGGAAACAUUGUUUAUACAUGAUGCCGGUAUCAAUGGAAGCAUAAUGGAAUUCUUUCAACGGUUGCCUUCUUGUUCAUGGAAUAAAUUUUCAGCAUUGGAUCUAUCUAACAACAGUUUGACAGGAAGCCUACCAACCAAGCUCCAAGAAUCCUGGAUCAAUCUGACCUUUCUCUAUCUUGGUGGAAACAAACUCACAGGUCAUGUGCCGCUAUGGAUAGGAGAGCUCAGAAAGCUAACUGCAUUGAACCUAAUGAACAACUACCUGGAUGGUGUUAUACAGGAAGGUCAUUUAUCAAACUUACCAAGAUUGCAGAGGCUGUUGUUGUCAGGUAAUUCAAUAGCCAUCACAGUGAAUUCAACUUGGCUUCCUCCAUUUAAUCUGACAAUGAUUGGACUCCGGUCGUGCCUACUCGGACCUAAAUUUCCGAUGUGGUUACGUUGGCAAACACCUAUAUACCUCGACAUCUCAAAUGCAAGCAUCUCCGACAUAGUUCCGGAUUGGUUUUGGAUAAUGGUUUCCUCGUUGGACUCGGUUAGAAUGCAACAAAAUCAACUUCGUGGUUUUCUACCAUCUACAAUGGAAUAUAUGAGGACAUCCGCAAUGGAUCUCAGUUCCAAUCAAUUCACUGGUCCAAUUCCUAAGCUUCCUAUUAAUCUAACCUACUUGGAUCUUAGUACAAACAAACUAUCAAGGCUACCAUUAGAAUUUGGAACGCCACAACUUGAAGUACUUCUUCUAUUUGGCAACUCGAUCUCUGGUACCAUUCCAUCAUCUUUGUGCAAGUUGACAUCAUUGAAGCUAUUAGAUAUAUCAAGAAAUGAGCUCACUGGGUCAGCUCCUGAUUGCCUAGUCAAUGAAUCCACUACAAACACAGAAAGUUUGAGUCUUAGUAACCUAAGCUUAAGAAACAACAACCUCUCUGGUGUUUUUCCUUUAUUCCUCAAAAAUUGUCCCCAGCUCAUAUUUCUUGAUCUCGCACACAAUAAAUUCUUUGGGACUUUGCCAUCAUGGAUUGGGGAGAAGUUGCCAUCUUUGGCAUUCUUACGGUUGAGAUAUAAUAUGUUUCAUGGCCACAUUCCUUUGGGGCUCACGAAGCUAGCUAAUCUUCAAUAUUUGGACCUUUCCAACAACGAUAUUUCAGGAAACAUACCAAAAUCCAUUGUUAACUACACACGGAUGAUUCUAAGCAGAGAUAAAUCUGAUAAAUUUAAUGGAGUACUCAAUUUUGAAGAUGUUGUUUAUCGCUCUGACGUUGACUACACAGAGAAUUUCACAAUAGUCACAAAAGGCCAAGAGAGAUUAUAUACAGGUGAAGUCAUAUACAUGGUAAAUCUUGAUUUGUCGUGUAACAACAUAACAGGAGAGAUUCCUGAAGAGAUCGGCGCUCUUGUGGCGCUGAAGAGCCUGAACCUAUCAUGGAAUGCCCUCAGUGCAAAAAUUCCUGAGAAGAUUGGCGCCUUGGUGCAAGUCGAGUCUCUUGACCUAUCACAUAAUGAAUUGUUCGGUAAAAUCCCUACAGGCUUAUCGGCUCUCACAUCAUUGAGUCACUUGAACCUGUCCUACAACAAUCUGAGUGGAGAGAUACCAUCUGGAAAUCAACUUCAAACACUUGAUGAUCAGGAAUAUAUUUAUGUGGGCAAUCCAGGCCUUUGUGGUCCCACGAUCUCCAAGAAAUGUCCAGGAACUGAGUUAAUUCCAGCUACUCCGGAACAUCAUGAAGAUGCAAGCAAUAUGAUCUCGUUUUACAUCGCCAUGAGCUCUGGAUAUGUAAUGGGCCUCUGGGUAGUCUUCUGCACAUUCUUGUUCAAGAGGAAAUGGAGAAUUUUCUGGUUCUCAUUCUGUGACAGUUUGUACAACCGAGUUUAUGUGAAGGUGGCUGUUAGUUGGGCUUCCUGGACAAGGAAAGAUGGGUAG